AUGGUUCGUGUUGAAUAUACCGUUAACAGAACUUGUGCUCGUGUGACAAGAGUAUCACUGGUGUGUGUUGAGGCCAUUAGUGUUUAUGGCAUGAAUGGCACUGUCAAUUCAUGCCGCAUUUCUUGGUCAUUGAGAAGACUGUAUGUGUUAUAUGAUCCUGUGUCGAUCAUUAUGAAGGCUAGGCAACUCACAAGCCAUUGUGGGGACCACUUUGAUGCCAAGUGGCUCGGGAUCAAAGGGCGGCUACCUUCCAAUGCUGUCCCGAACCCCACAGAUGGCUGUGAAGAUGAUGCUUCUCACAUUGAAUAUGAUGGGUUUGGGGCUACCAUUAAUGCCCCUGAGAUGAGGAAGACAAGCCUCAUUUCAAACGUGCUGCCACUUAAUCAGAUAUAUGAUUCAAAUUUUGGGUGCCUCAGUGAAGACUCCUUCAAUCAGGUUCCACUCCUUGUGGAGGAAGUCUACUGGUGGUGAGCCUAGUGGAG